AUGUGUGACUUCAUUUUGGCCUAUAUAGAUGAUGUCAACAUCUACUCCUCUAGUUUUGGAAAACACUUGAGCCACGUGGACAUCGUUCUUGGGCAUGAAAUUUCUGACAAAGAUAUAACCCCAACUACAACAAAAGUAGCCACUGUGAGUAACUUCCCCAGACCCAAGAACCUUCGUGCAUUAAGAGGGUUUCUAGGUUUGGCUGGUUUUUAUCAUCACUUCAUUAAAGAUUUCUUGACAUUCGAUGAAUUGAAGAAUAGGCUCACUUCAGCCCCCAUCCUUGCUUACCCUCGAGACAACAUUGGAUUUGUUUUGUACACAGAUAUAUCACACCUUACUCUUUGUGCUGUUUUAUCUCAGCCUGGCAAUAACAGACUUGAAGGUGUUGUGAA